AUGAUAACUGAACUUAUCAUCUCGAUGAAAUCUUGGAAAGAGGUCAACAUAAUUCAGACGUCUGACUUUCCGCAACGCACCAUCGUAUCAAGCUGUGUACUGGGGUUGAUGGGCAUCCAGAAUACAUUGGCCAUCAAGAAAACAAAUUCACGACAUGCUAAUGACAAGAAUGAUACAGACAUAUACUAUCAUGUUGACGCGAAGCCGUCAGGCACUGCGGCAGAAAGCUUCAAGCUCCGACUACAACCAUUGAAAAAUCCAUACACAUCCGACCUCGCGUACCAAAGGGUCCUCUCCUGGUACCUACCUCCGCACAUCUUAGAAGAACUAAACCCCAAAUUAAUCAAAUACGGCAACGAAGCAAUCUCAGACCAAAUCAACGACUGGAUCUCCGACGCAGAACGAAACCCUCCAUACCUCAAGAAACGUGACGUCUGGACCAACGAAUUCCCUCACGAUAAACUCAUCACCUCUCACGGAUGGAAAGAACUCGGGAAAUGGGGUAUCUCAAACGGUGUCGUUGCUCUCGCUUAUGAGGGGAAAUUUAGGGAGUAUGGCAGGAUCGUUCAACAUGCUUUUAACUAUCUUUACUCUGCUUCUAGUGCGGUUUACAGCUGUCCUGCACAAAUUACGCGAGAGCCUACGGUUAGGGAUUUUCCCGAUCAUCCUUUUCAUGAGGGAGGAGAAUCAGAUUUCUUCGCAGUAGAUGACGGAGAGGGUUGGGGGAGUGAUGUUCGGAAUUCUGAGUCUGUUGCUGUUUACUCGCCGCCGCAGGAGAGAGGUGGUGGUGUGGGAUUUCAAAAUGGGGAUUUCCUUGUGUCUGGGUAUAAGUUUUUUUGCUCGGCGACCGAUUGUCAGAUUGCUUUGAUGUUGGCUCAGGAAGCUGAUACGGGGAAACUGGGACUUUUUGUUGCGCCGACGAAAAUUGAGGGGAGGGAUGGGAAGUUGGUUACGAAUGGGAUUAGGUUUCAUCGAUUGAAGACGAAGAUGGGAGCGAAGGAGUUGCCGACUGCUGAGUUGGAGUUGAAAGAUGUGAGGGCUCGGCGGGUGAAGCGUCUAACGAUCGUAGGUCGGACCACCUGGGCGUGGAAUCGCUACUAUAGCUACGCUAUUGAACACGACUCGCACGCACAACUUCAUCACGGCACUAUCGUGCUGGCGAAGAGGAAUGGUGAGUAA